AUGGUGAAACCUUCGAUGCGGCUAACUUGGAAGAGCGGCCGUUUGCUUUUUAAUCUAAUUUUGGCGGUGUUGUCGCUAACGCUUGUGUACGCCGAAAUAACCAAACCUUAUGAAGAGUUUAAAGAGGCGUUAACUAUUAGACCUCUCGCAGACGGAAAAUUGUUGACACACUUUCAGUUCAGUGUAAGACUUGCGAGGGGUAGGGAAGGGACUGUGUUAAAGCAUUAUAAUUUUUUUCCAAGGACAAUCGGGCAAAUCAUACAGAGUUACAAUGCUCGAGAAUUGCACCUAACAUUUACCCAAGGUCGAUGGAAUUACGAGGAUUGGGGAUACCCGGUAGUACCGUCGGCAGGAACGGGAGUUGAACUAUGGGCAUGGCUUUGGAACGACGGAAAGUUGGACGAAAACUGGAGAUCACUGACGAAUGCCCUUGCCGGCCUUUUCUGCGCCUCCUUAAACUUUAUUGAUGACACGGUCACCGUUCAACCAAAGUUAUCAUUUCGACCAGAAGGGUCUUACAACGCUUCAGAAUUGUUCGAGCGCGCUGAAUUGAGAUACGGAUCUUUACCUCACGAAAAUGUUUGUACCGAAAAUUUGACUCCUUGGAUCAAGCUCUUGCCCUGCAAGGCCACGUCCGGCAUUGCGUCUCUUUUGAAUGGACACAAAUUGUACAAUUCAAAUUUUCAUUCCAUGUCCAUUCAUGUUCGACCAUUAUGUGAGGACUCCGAAUGUACAAGUCAGCAGUUAGAGGUGUUACAAACUGUAUCGACGGUAGUUAAUCCCGUCAGGAAAUUGGGAAAGAGAGAUUGGUCGUUGAGCGAAGUCUUUGAUCGCAAGAUCAUACAAGCAUGUCCUUUGGCCAGUGAGAGUAAACUUGAAAUAAUACUACCUGAAGAUGAUGGUUAUAGAAUAAGUCCUGACGCGAAUGUCAUCACGGGUUCCACCGAGAGCACUGGUGACACGAACGAGAAGAUUGCAGUAUAUGAUUUGAAGAAAGUACAACCGAAUACGGAGUUUUCAAUGACAUGGAACGAAGAACAAUUUAAUUACGGUUACGGUCAAGAGAGGGGUGGAAUAAAAGUGAACAUUUUUAAUGAAAGUCCAAACGUCUCAAUUCCCAUUAUAUAUUACGACGUUAUCCCGUGGUAUUUGAAGCUGUACCUGCACACGCUCAAAGUUCAGGUUAAUGGGAAGGAUGUAAAUUCAGAUAUAGAGCACCCGAUCAAAGACUUAUUUUAUCAACCGGCGGUAGAUCGUUCCAGGCCACAUGUAAUUGAAGCUGAGAUAUUGUUACCACCCAAUUCCUUGACGUCGCUAUCGAUUAAUUUUGAUAAAGUCUUUCUGAAAUACACUGAAUACCCACCGGACGCCAAUCGAGGAUUUGACAUUGGAUCUGCGGUGAUAUCACGAAAGAUUCGUGAUUGGGAUGAGCGGGAUUAUGCGAAUGUUAGGGAGUGUAUCGUUAACGGUAACGUAUCAGGGAUUGCGGGAUGUCUGCAUUUCCCAAUUAGAAUAUACACCGAAACGCUUUUGGUCAGCUUGCCCACGCCCGACUUCAGUAUGCCAUAUAACGUUAUCACAUUGACUUGCACUGUCAUUGCAUUGUUUUUCGGCAGUAUGUUCAAUUUGAUGACCAGAAACUUUGUGGCGCUGGAGAUUAGUCUAGAAAGCGAUAAUUCAAAAAAUGCAGAAGAUAACGAUAAUGGUAAGAGAAAAGCCGAAUAA